AUGUUUCUCCUAUCUGAUCUUGUUUCACUUGAUCUCUCCAACAAUCUCCUAAGCAUGCCCCAACAUGGUUUCAAUAAGCUGUUGCAAAAUUUAACGAAAUUAAGAUAUCUUCACCUUGAAACUGUUGGCAUGUCUACUGUUUCAACUGGUUCUUUAGUAAAAUUGUCUUCUUCUUUGAUAUCCCUCAACCUUAGGUUAACUGGGGUGCAAGGCAAAUUUCCAAGUGAAAUUUUUCUAUUUCCAUUUCUCCAGCAGCUAAUGUUGUCACUAAAUGGAGGGAUCACAGGUAAUUUGCCAGAAUUUAAUAAGAGCAGUCCUCUCAGAGUAUUGGAUCUCUCUUACACAAAUUUCUCAGGAAAAUUACCUGAGACAUUUGGCAAUCUUAUGUACUUAAAUUAUCUGUCUCUUUCUAAUUGCAAUUUCCAAGGGUCACUUCCAUCAUCGCUAGAAAACCUUGCAGAAAUCACCUACAUGGAUUUGUCAUGGAACGGUUUUACUGGUCAAGUCCCAACUUCAUUAUCUAAACUUGUCCAGCUCACUUGGCUAUCUCUUACACACAACAAUUUUUCUGGAAAAUUUCCAGAUGUUUUGGGUAAUCUUAGUAAAUUAGAGACUUUAGCUCUCUCCGUUAAUAAUUUCAGUGGUCAGUUGCCAACAUCAAUAUUCAGCCUGAAUGGACUUCUUUACUUGGACUUUUCUUAUAAUCAAUUUCAAGGUCAAUUUCCUAGUCGGAUAAGCGGUCUUCCAUAUCUAGGUGGCAUCAAGUUAAAUAAUAAUCUUCUAAGUGGCAAAGUACCGGCAUGGUUGUUUACUCUGACAUCUUUGGAGAGUAUAGAUCUUUCCCACAAUAAACUCACAGGUCCGAUGGAGCAGUUCCAGCACCCUGGUCCAAUAAUUAAUGUUGAUUUGAAUGAUAACGAGAUUUGUGGUCCAAUUCCAGAUUCGAUUUUUCAACUUUUGGAUCUCAUAGAGCUAGCGCUUGCAAACAAUAACUUCAGUGGCAAUGUGCAGGUAGAGAUGCUUUCAGAGCUCAAAAAUCUGACGCAUAUUGAUCUUUCAUAUAAUGCGCUUUUGUCAGUAACUGGAAAGGUCAUCUUGCCCCAGCUUAAUGAAGUCUUUUUAUCUUCUUGCAGCUUAACUGAAGUCCCGAUUUUCUUGGGCACUGUAAGUUAUUUAAAUCUAGACCUUUCCAAUAACUCAAUCUAUGGCCGAAUUUCCCAAUUGGCGCUUGGAAAUUAUUCCAACUUGUCUUACCUAAAUCUGUCACACAAUUUACUUACCAGUGUUGAGUACAUUUCAUCCAUGGUCAACCUUGAAAUUCUUGACCUUUCAUCCAACUUACUCCGAGGACAACUUGUGGAUCUACCAUCGACGCUUUCGUUCUUCUCAACUUCAAACAAUGAUCUGACAGGAGUGAUCCCUCCAUCAUUUUGUAAUAUGAGUGAAGUUGAAUCUCUUGACUUGUCCUAUAAUGGCUUAAGUGGAAACAUUCCAGAAUGUCUUGUGAAAAGCAAUGCACAGUUCGAGUUUUUGAAUUUGGCAAUGAACAACUUCCAUGGUAGUAUAAAAUCUCUGACGUUUCCCAAUCAAUGUGGUGUGACAGCUCUUAUGCUUAACGACAAUCAGUUGGAGGGACCAUUACCAUCCUCUUUGGUUAAUUGCCAAGGUUUGGAUAUCCUUGAUGUUGGGAAUAACAGGAUUAAUGAUAGCUUUCCGAAUUGGUUAGUAAACUUUCAAUAUCUUGAAGUACUUAUUUUGAGAUUUAAUCAGUUUCAUGGUCCCAUUGGCAAUUCCAGCACAAUAUUUCUCUUCCCUUGGUUAAGAGUACUGGACCUCUCUCACAAUCAAUUUUCUGGUAUUUUACCAACAAGCUUUUUUGAACCUACAACAAAUGUAUACAUGGAUGUUUACAAACUCGAUUACAUGCACUCACUUUUUGGUUCAUAUUUUUCAAUGACGUUGUUUGUAAAAGGUGUCGAGACCCAAAUAAAAAAGAUUUUAUCAAUCUUUACAAGCAUAGAUCUUUCUAACAACCUAUUUGAAGGGAAAAUUCCAAAGGUAUUUAAAUAG